AUGGCAAACUCAAGGACUGUUAUUCGUCUCUACUAUGAUGUGAUAUCACCAUUCAGUUGGAUUGCAUUUGAGGUGUUAUGUCGAUAUAAAGAACCUGCUAAGACAAUGUUUGAAAAGGGGAGCUUGCAAGCUCAGCGAUUUCUGACAGCUGCCAAACAGCUAUGUCCAGAUUAUUUGGAAGGAUUGUCACGGCAACUUUGGAUUAGAAUAUGGUCAAAGGUUUUAAAUGGGAAAAAGGAAGGAAGUUUUUUUGGAUCUGAUCGUUUUGAGCUGUUAGCUCAUAUUAUUGGUGAAAAAUGGCUAGGACCACUUGUUGAGCUGAAAGCAAAAUAUUGA